AUGAAUGGUUCAUCUAUCAGAAAAAUUAGCAAUGUAUGCGAAUGUCAGUCAUCGUCCUUUAAGAGGACACUCUUACGAUUAAUUGCCGGAAGAUGCCCAUUAUGCUUAUCAACUUUUCAUCCAGCCAACCACACCUCAACCGCGAAAGUGUCACCUCUGCUCAUUCUGCUGAAAGUCAUGCAGCUGUUUGACAUCAGACAUCAAAUUUAUCGGAAUUCCAGAAUUACUGCAGUAAAAAAUCAAAGUGAACUGAUCGUUUUGCACAAAGCGGACGUCAAAAGUGGAUUGGUUCGCCAAGUAUCAACCAAUGAUUCCGCUUUCGUAUUUGUUUCUUUUUUUCUGGACGAUUAA